CAUUCAACUUACCGCAAUUAAAAUAUUAUGAUCUGUUUCCUGCACAUAGUCAGCAGACCACAGCAAUUAGAUUGCACACAAAGCCGGCCUCAACUACAAAUUAGAUUAUUCACCGUCAGUCCGAAUUUAUGGACGUAUUACAACAAACCCGUGCUUUUCUGUCCAUGAACUUUGUCAUAAUUUGUAAUAAAGUUUAUAAAAUACUAAUCUCAAGUUAAUGGACGUUAGCCCGCAUUGAACGAUGGGAACUCUUUCCGAUUCCGUAUUUGGCAAUAGUUUGAUCCUUGGCCGUAUAUUUUCUCAAAUGAGGGUUGCAGAGCUUAAAACAUGUCGCCAAAUAAAUAAAUUCUUCCACUGCUUGGCAACACCUUAUCUCACUGCUCGUGCCAAAGUUACCGUCAGCGUGUGCAGAUUCAACAUGUACAAAAUAUCUUAUCAAACAUGGGAAGACUACUUCAGCCAGAGGUUGAUAACCUUGAAAUCUGUCCCCAUUGCAAAUCUCUUCGUUCAACUUCGACAUUUUCAUUCUCCUUUAACCUCAAGGAUUGAUACAAUCAAGAUGAUCACAAGGUCCAGCAGUCACAUAACUUGGCUACAACUUGACGUAGAGUUUCGAGAUUGUUCUGAUUAUGAAGGCUUUUGCGGGUGCAUUUUCAACAAUAAUGUUAACCACAACAUUUCUCAGUUGAAAAUAAAUUUCAAAAUACAUCGAAGUAGGAUCACUGUUCCCAUUGGGAGGUUAAAACUAAUCGCUUUGUGUGACUCUGUAAAGGAACUCGAGCUAAUUAAUUUUCCAUGCGAGAAUGAGUGGGAUGAUGUUUGUGACAGUAAAAACGUGCAUGAUUUUCUGCAAACUUUCCCAAACUUAAGAAAAUUAGUGAUAACUUAUUCCCCAAGUUUGGUAAGGGGAGUUCUUUGUGUGAUAAAGGAAGGAUUGGAUAUGCUGCCUAAGCUGGAGUCGCUGGAGAUUUGUCUGGAAAAAGAAUCGAUUCCAGCAAGUCUUAAAAUUCUCAACUUGCUACAUGAAGUAUUACCCCGAUUGAAACUUAAAGAGUUGAAAAUUGUGGAUGUACCAGAUUUUAAAAACGCUGAUGGAUUAAAUAAUGCUUUAUUUUCCGACAUAAAACUCUUAAGAGCUCCAAAACUUGACAGAAUACGUUAGUUCAAGGUUAACAAAUGUACAUAUGCAUUUUGAAAAAUAAAACCAAAAAAUAGCAAUACA